AUGGCUACCUCCAAAGUCUUCGUCGUUGGCCCUGGCUAUGUUGGCCGUGAAAUCAUCGAUCUCCUCCGUGCUGAGGGAAAAUACGAUAUCACCACUCUUGUCCGCCGUGAGGCUGCUGCCAAGGAGUUCCAGCAAGAUGGUGUCAAGGCUGUGCUCGGCGAUCUCAACGACUCCAACGUGAUUGAGAAGCACUCUGCCGAAAGCGACAUUGUCUUCCACACUGCUACUGCUGACCACUUGGCCUCGGUCCAGGCCAUCUUGAAGGGCAUCCAGAACCGUGCUGAUGCCGGCAAGCACACCAUCUACCUGCACCAGAGCGGUGCUAGUGUUCUCAGCGACACCAGCCCCGGCAACAACGUAAACAACGAUAUUUACUCUGAUAAGACGGCUGCCCAGGUUGACAGUCUCUCUAAUACUGCGCCUCAUCGUCAAAUCGAUCUUGCCAUUGUAGAUGCGAGAAACAAGCUUGGUAACAAGGCCAAGAUCUUUGUCUGGAUGCCCCCAAUCAUCUACGGCAACAACCCCAAGUAUGGCCGUCUCUCGAUUCAGAUCCCGGCUUUGACCCGCUACGCUCUGAAACACAAGCAGGCUGGUUACGUUGGCACUGGUAAGAAGACGUGGUCUGUUGUUCACGUUCUUGAUCUCGCUAGGGCAUAUGUUCAGGUCGUGCACUGGCUGGAAACCGCCUCUGACAGCGACCCCGAGCUGCAAAACCCGUACUUCUUCUGCGAGAGUGGCGAGACAACCUGGGGUGAAAUUGCCAGCUUUAUUGGCAAGGGACUUCACGCCGCCGGCAAGAUCGACACUGCUGAGACAGUCGCUAUUCCCGAGGCAAACUUUGGAGACCUCUUCAGGGGGCACACACCUGAUGUCGUCGGCUGCAACUCCAGAAACCGUGGUGAUCGUCUACGUGCUAUGGGCUGGAAGGCUCAGCAACUGGGCAUCAGUGACUCCUUCCAUCAAGAAGACCUUCCGGUCCUCCUGGCAGAGUCUGGACCCUUUAAGGCAUCCGAAAUGACACUCUCCUAA